GCUUGCCGGGGCCGCCCGAGAGUGUCUUCUUCGCGGGCGCUGGGGCCGCCAUCUUAGAUGGCGGGAGUCAGAGGCGAGCGAGCGUGAGGCGGGAAGGCUUCUCUGCCGCUGUCCCUGCGCCCUGCCCCUCACCCCGAAAGGGCCAGCUGGCCGGGCUUUGGGGCUUGUGCCCUGGGGCGCGGAGCGCUAGUGCGACGAUGCGGGGCCUUCCCGGGGCCCCGUCCCCUGGGCUGGGGACACGCCGAUUGUGACCGCCUCCCGUUCCCUCGCCCGCCGCGGGGAGGAGGAGCGGGCCAGACGCCGGCGCGGGACGACAGGACACGGGGGCGGCCUGGUUCCCUCAGGCCUGUGGAUAGGCUCUUCACGGAACGCUCUUCCCCCAGCUGUCUGCAAGUCUGACAAAGCACUGGCUUCCAGCCUUGGUUCAACUGUAGCCUCUCCAUGGAGUCCUGCUCUCAUCUCCUUACAUGAACCGCAGUGGGCACCACCCUCCCUCCUGGCUUCUCAUUUACUUGACUCUGCUGGGCUCUUGACCUGGGCUUCCUGUAUGAUAAGCAAGAACUAGCUGCAGCCCCAGCCCUUGGGUUUAAGGCUUGUUUAAGCCGCAUCAAUGGAGCACAUCCAGGGAGCCUGGAAGACGAUCAGCAAUGGUUUUGGGCUCAAAGAUGCGGUGUUUGAUGGCUCCAGCUGCAUCUCCCCUACAAUAGUCCAGCAGUUUGGCUAUCAGCGCCGGGCCUCAGAUGAUGGCAAACUUACAGAUUCUUCUAAGACAAGCAACACUAUCCGCGUUUUCUUGCCGAAUAAGCAAAGAACAGUGGUCAAUGUGCGGAAUGGAAUGAGCUUGCAUGAUUGCCUUAUGAAAGCUCUGAAGGUGAGGGGGCUCCAGCCGGAGUGCUGCGCGGUGUUCAGACUUCUCCAGGAACACAAGGGUAAAAAAGCACGUUUAGACUGGAAUACUGAUGCCGCCUCUUUGAUUGGAGAAGAACUUCAAGUGGAUUUCCUGGACCAUGUUCCCCUUACCACACACAACUUUGCUCGGAAGACGUUCCUGAAGCUUGCAUUUUGUGACAUCUGCCAGAAGUUCCUGCUAAAUGGAUUUCGAUGUCAGACUUGCGGCUACAAAUUUCACGAGCACUGUAGUACCAAAGUACCUACUAUGUGUGUGGACUGGAGUAAUAUCAGACAACUCUUGCUGUUUCCAAACUCCACAAUGGGUGAGAGUGGGGCCCCAGCACUGCCCUCCUUGACGAUGCGUCGGAUGCGAGAGUCUGUUUCCCGGAUGCCUGUCAGUUCCCAGCACAGAUACUCCACACCCCACGCCUUCACUUUCAACACCUCCAGCCCCUCCUCUGAAGGCUCCCUCUCCCAGAGGCAGAGGUCGACGUCCACACCUAAUGUCCACAUGGUCAGCACCACCCUGCCUGUGGACAGCAGAAUGAUUGAGAAUAACAUCCUGAAUGCUUCUCCCAGGGCGUGGUCCAGACGAUUUUGUGUGAGGGGAAGAGACGCAAUUCGAAGUCACAGCGAAUCAGCCUCACCUUCAGCCCUGUCCAGCAGUCCCAACAACCUGAGUCCAACAGGCUGGUCACAGCCCAAAACCCCUGUGCCAGCACAAAGGGAGCGGGCACCAGGAACUGGGACCCAGGAGAAAAAUAAAAUCAGGCCUCGUGGACAGAGAGAUUCAAGCUAUUACUGGGAAAUAGAAGCCAGUGAGGUGAUGCUCUCCACUCGGAUCGGGUCUGGCUCUUUUGGAACUGUUUACAAGGGCAAGUGGCAUGGAGACGUUGCUGUGAAGAUCCUAAAGGUUGUUGACCCAACUCCAGAGCAGUUCCAGGCCUUCAGGAAUGAGGUUGCUGUCCUGCGCAAAACACGGCAUGUGAACAUCCUGCUCUUCAUGGGAUACAUGACGAAGGACAACCUGGCAAUUGUGACCCAGUGGUGCGAGGGGAGCAGUCUCUACAAACACCUGCAUGUCCAGGAGACCAAAUUCCAGAUGUUCCAGUUAAUUGACAUUGCCCGGCAGACAGCUCAGGGAAUGGACUAUUUGCAUGCAAAGAAUAUCAUCCACAGAGACAUGAAAUCCAACAAUAUCUUUCUCCACGAAGGCCUCACGGUGAAAAUUGGAGACUUUGGUUUGGCGACAGUGAAGUCGCGCUGGAGUGGUUCUCAGCAGGUUGAACAGCCCACAGGCUCUGUGCUGUGGAUGGCCCCAGAGGUGAUCCGAAUGCAGGACAACAACCCAUUCAGCUUCCAGUCGGACGUGUACUCCUAUGGCAUCGUGCUGUAUGAGCUGAUGACGGGGGAGCUUCCCUACUCCCACAUCAACAACCGGGAUCAGAUCAUCUUCAUGGUGGGCCGUGGGUAUGCCUCGCCGGAUCUCAGCAGGCUGUACAAGAACUGUCCUAAGGCGAUGAAGAGGCUGGUGGCGGACUGCGUGAAGAAAGUAAAGGAAGAGAGGCCUCUCUUUCCCCAGAUCCUGUCUUCCAUUGAGCUGCUCCAACACUCUCUACCGAAAAUCAACCGGAGUGCUUCUGAGCCAUCCCUCCACCGGGCGGCCCACACUGAGGACAUUAAUGCUUGCACGCUAACCACAUCCCCAAGGCUGCCUGUCUUCUAGCUGACUUUGCACCUGCUCUCAGGCCACCUGGGGAGGAAGGGGAAUCAGCAGGCACCACUUUUCUGUUCCCUUUCUUCGGGAACAGAAUGCAUGUUUUCAGAGAAGCUGCUGCUAAGGACCUUCUAGACUACUCACAGGCCUUAACUUCAUGUUGCUUUCUUUUCUACCCCUUCUGCUCUGGAGACUGAAGGAAGCCAUUCCCCAUGCUGGCCCACCCUGUUCCCACCCCUUGCUCAGGAGUCCAGCUUUCUCCAGAGGCACAAAAAAGGGCCCUAGCUGUCAGCUAAAUGAUAUCUUCAGGGCAAGAAAAAAGUUCACGGAGGGGAACUAAAGUAGUAGGUGGUCCCACCCUGACGUGGGGGCACGUGGGAUUUUGGAAGGUGGCUUCUUUGAGGAAUACCUAUCAAUCACAGGAAGGACUUCUCUUCAGACAAUGGUGCAGCGCCAAACAGUUUUGCACAGGAUGCCCCAGACAGACAGACAGACAGACAGCCCAGGACUGCCGAGACUUCGGUCGCCUGGAGGAGCCGCUUUGGUACUAUGGAACUUGACUUUGGGGACUCAUCCUCCUUUCCCAGCCUCGAGUCGUCCAGUGCAGGGAGGGGAUUGUUUUCCAGGCAAGGCGCUCUGCCCUCCUGGGAGCAGCCUCCCAUCAUGCUGAAUUUGUCUUCCAGGAGCUGCCCCUAUGGGGCAGGGCCAGCCCUGUCUCUAGUCACAUCAUUUGUGUCUACAAGAAAGCCAGGAAUACAGGUUUUCUAAAUGAUUUGGUUUUAAUUUUGUUUUUAUUGCGCCUGAUAAGAUA